AAAUUUUGUAUAAAUAAUAUAUAACAAGAAAAACCGAUUGAUCAAUAAUGUCCAUUGCAAGAGAAAUGUUAUAUUCUUUAAAUUAGGUAAAUGGUUGAUCGAGUUUUUAAACAUAUAAUUGCGAACAGAAACGAUUGCGAGCACUUUUUCGACAUUAAAAUAUGCACAAAAAUUCUUUUUCUCAUUGCCCACUGUAUUACUUUUGUCAAUCAUAUCGCCAGUUCGGUAGUCACGCACAUUCGUAGAUUUUACCGAGACCGACAAAAUACCUUUUCUUUCAGUUAUUUAAAUUAAAAUGAAGCCUCAAAGAAGACAAUUGUGUCGAGCGUUUUCUGCGAUAAAAACUAACGUCGAAGUCUGGCUCGCGGAACGAGGUUAUAAUCCUCGAGAUUUCGUAAUUCCUGCACAUUAAUCGAUCUCGUUCGAAGUUGCCACUUGUUAGCCAUACGUCUCGAAGAACCGUAUACUCGGCGGAAGAAUCGAUUGUCGAAUUCCAGCAUUUCCAGCCUGGAGUCUGGAGUCCCUGGAGAUCGGAUCGAAUUGCGCAGGCAGACUUCUCGGGAUCUCCGUCCAAGUUCGCGUUCGUACAAAGUAUUUCUCAGAUCUCGACGUAUUUGCGUUCUCAGUACACGUUCCACGUUCGUCAUGUAAAUCGCAAUGUGAUAAAAAACUGUUGCAAUUGAGCAACCCGUCGUCCUUCUAGGAGCGACUCCAGAAGGGGGAUCUGUUUAUCAGCUGACAGCGGACCAAGUCGAGGGGCAGGUGGCAAUUAAUUGCGCAAAAAUGUCGCUCUCCAAGCCGGCCAAUCUCAUGUACAGUCUCAUCGGCGCGUACCUAGAGCGGCUCUACAACAGUCCCUUGAGGACAAAAGCUGUAACGAGUUGCAUUGUCGCAGUCCUGGGAAAUGUGGCGUCUCAGAAAUUGUCUGGCGCCAAGCAGCUUAACGAGGACAGUGUCCUGGCCUUUGCUCUGUUUGGCUUGUUGUUUGGAGGGCCAGUGCCACAUUACUUUUACACAUACGUACGAUUGUUCGUGAAGAAUCCCCUGGGGAUACUUCUGAUAGAGAGGCUUAUUUACACGCCGUGUUUCCAGGCACUCGCGCUCUACCUGCUUGCCAUCUUCGAGGGCAAGCCCCAUCAAGUGGCAUGUGCUCACAUGCAACGAUUAUAUUUACCGACAUUGAUGGCUAAUCUGAAGUACCUAACGCUGUUCCAUUUUAUCAAUAUAAAAUAUGUUCCACCAAUGUUGAGGGUCUUGGUGGUGAACCUCAUCGGUUUCGCAUGGAUUAUCUAUAUUGCCAAUAAGAGAGCAAAAGUUUCCAAAGAGAAGUAGAAAAACACGAGAACCUAUUGCAAUCAUUUAGACAUUUUUGUAACUAUAUGCAAUAAUACGCUAAUGUAUAUGUGUGCUAGAUGCUUCUUGAUCAUUUCAGAAAGCCAAAGCGAUAAGAUUACUUUAUACGAAUUAACGUGUAAUGAACUUUAUAUUAACAGCACCUUCAUUGUUUGUACAAAGUAAAGUAAUAUUAUGUUGAUAAUACAUUCCAUCGUUAUGAUUUGUUGAUAUUGAUUUAAAAAUUGUACAAAAUAUACUGAUUUAUUGUAAUGCGUAUUGGAAUGGUGCUAAAUAUAAGUGUAAUUGAUAUUUUGAUACCAAAAAAUACCAAAAAACCAGGAUAUAAAUAAGAAUAUAAAGAUUUACAUGCAAA